UUGUGUUACGACAUGCCGUAAAAUCAACACAAAAAAAAUGGCAUCGACGAUUUUUCAACGAGCUCUUCCGCGUUUGUUGUCUCACAGUCGUCGGGAAACGUGGAAAACGUUCAAUACGACUGCCGUUAAUUAUGACGUGUGGGAGCGUUCGCGGAAAGGAACGCAAUACGAGCAACAUACUGCCGAUAGGUUGUCGCGCAAGGAUCACAUCUUGAACGGAUUGAAAAUGCUCAAGUCGGAGAUUAAAUUGUGGCAGGAAGAGGUGAAGGAACAUCUGACUAUGGAUCCAAUUUUGGCUUAUCGUCCUGGCGAAGUCGAUAUUGCGUAUCAAUUCACAACAAAAGAGGAAAUCGAAAAGUGGGUUGUGACAGCUGACAGUGAUCACGGGCAGGGAUUUAGUAGUGCAGCGUUCGAUUUGAGUCCCGCCGGUUAUGGAUUGUUUCAUGGCAAUGUGAGGUCCGAUGUGCCCAAAGAUGGGAGAAUUAAACGUGCGGGAUAUUGCAAUGUGAAGAGUCCGAAAGCGAUGAAGUCCUUUAAACGGGAAAUUUAUCUCGAUUGGCAGCCAUAUAAUACGUUAAUCCUAAAAAUCCGUGGCGAUGGCAGAAAUUAUCUAAUAAACAUCCACACAGAUGGCUAUUUCGACAUCCUAUGGAACGACAUUUACCAUUACGUGCUCUACACUCGCGGAGGACCACAUUGGCAAAUUGCGAAAAUUCCCUUUUCGAAAUUUUUCCUCUCCAGCAAGGGUCGCAUUCAAGAUAAACAAGCUCCGAUUCCCUUGAACAAAAUUACGAGCGUUAGUUUCAGUGUGGGAGCAAAAGGCGAUAGUGACGGGCCAUUUAAUUUGGAAAUCGACUACAUUGGACUCGAAUUUGAUCCGAAUCACGUCGAGAAAUUCGCUUAUGAGAUGUACAAGAUGCCCAAAUAUAUCGUGGGUGUUUAAAUAAAUUCUUAAUUUUUAGUUGAAA